AGACAUGAAGGAUCAAGUAUCGGCAAAGAAGAAGGAGAAGCCGUACACCCCUCGCCCACCACGUCAGCCAGAGGUGAUCGUGCUGAAAAGCAAGGGUAAACAGGAUAUUCCGACUCGCCCUGGAGGUGUCAAGGGAGACAAUCCAAUGGAGAAACAAGACCCAUCAUCCGCCUUGUCGCGCCCAUCCAGUCCUCGUCAUGAGAGAUUGAUGGGCCAUGAUGCAGGCCAUCAUGAGAGCCACAGCGGCUACGACACUGGCAGGGCCUAUGCGACGCCGCGAUAUGAGAAUGGAUCUGGCCACCCGGACUAUGCAGAUGACCGUGGUUAUGGAGCCCAUGCACGAUCGUUCUAUCCGAGCCCAUCGCGGUCUCACUCCCGCUCACAUUCACAGAGCCAGCCCUAUCCCGUAGGCCCGGAUUAUCAUCCUCACGGUCCAUACCACGAGUCACCACAUCCUCCUCCUCCUCCCCACCAUGAUUACCACGGAUACCGUCAAGGACAGUCCGGAUAUGCCUAUGGGCAUCCACCACAUCGUUAUCGCGAUGGUCACCCGCCAUAUAAUGAGCACGGCGCGGAUCGUUACGGACCAUAUCCUCCCCGCGAUCCAGGACAUGAAAGAGAGAGACCAAGCGAGGGCACUGGCCCUGGAUCACAACGGUGGACUGGCGAAGGGCCAGAAGAGCCUGACAAGGUGGUCCUUGAUGCUGCUCUGAACCUCAUGAAGCUCUGGGGCUCUCAUUAGCUAGCACCCGUAGGAUGCACACACACACACACACACAUACACACGCCCUUGCACAGAAACACACGAACAAAUCAUCUCUGAAAAUAGUCCUUGCAAAAAAAAAAAAA